AUGAAAGUAAAUUCAAUAUUUGAUAUUUUAUCACUCAUCAUUAUUUCACAAUCAGUGUUAGCUAGUAAAGAAAAUAUUAGAAAAAUUUCUCAAGUGGAAUCCUGGAUGUCAACAGAAAAUUUUACGAUGAUGAUCAAGAAAUCGUUUUUUUAUUCCACAUGUUGUAAUAUCUUUUUAAGUGAAUCGAUUCACAAUGUAGAAGUGUUAUUUCGUCAAUUUAUAAAUAUUUAUCCGUAUGAAUAUCUACUACGUCAAAAAAUGUACGACUGUCAAAGCUAUUUUUUGCUCGGACCGACGGAUGAUGAAAUAGAGAAAGAUAUGCAAAAAAUACCCUCGUCCAUUGCAACAACAGAAAUUCUCAUUAUUGUCAAUGGUGAACUGAAGAAUAAUUCAAGACUUUUCAAUGUUUCCUUAUAUGGAAAUGCUAAUGCAAAUAUCGUGUCAAGAUCCGGAAUCUGGACCUUGUCAAAAAAUUACUUGGAAGCUAGAGUUUUUCUAAAUGUGAACAGUUAUGAGGAUCUGAUGUCCGAAUUCAGCAUAAUUAAUUUAAGAGGUAGAGAACUACAAGUAUGUACAUUUUUCCAGCCACCCGUAUCCUAUCUCAACAAAACGACCAAGAAAAUAAUUAAGGGUAUCGAAGAAGAAGUUUUUCUAGCAGAUAAUGAUGUAGAAAAGGAUGGGAUAGAAAUGAAAAUAUUUUUGCUUAUAGCGGAAAAGUUAAAUUUUACUUGGACAUUAAGAAAGCCGCAAGGAACUUACAGAUAUGGUCGACGCAUAAAUAAUACAUAUUGGCGUGGUGGUGUCAUUCAACUUUUAAGAGAGAAAAAGAUUGAUCUAGCGUUCGGGAGCAUUUGGUUAACGCCGAACCAUAGUAAUUUUGUGAACAUGUCGGAACCGUGGUAUCAGAUGUUUAUGCAUUUUUUGGUACCGCGACCGCAACCGAUCACCAAUUUCUGGGCACUCACGAGACCUUUCCCGAUAGAAUGUUGGCUACUUUUGAUAAUGCUGUUGCUUGUUAUGAGCAUGUAUAUGUGUGCACGUGCUAGAAUCGAUCCAAAAUUUCCAAAACGUUUUCGGAGCAUUUUCUUCACGAUUACGGAAUUAAUAGGCCGUUUGUUAGGCACGUGGGUGCCCAGAAACACCGCCAAUGCUAGAUUUGAACUGCAUUUAUGGCAAACUGCAGGGGUUGUAUUGGUAACCGCUUAUUGUAGCAGUCUUGCAGCGAGACUCGCGAGUUCGGAAUACGAAAACAGAAUCGAUACGGUAUAUCAAUUUCUCGAGGCAAAUUUAACGUGGGGUCGAAAAGGGCCAGAACCAAAUUACUACGAUUAUUUCGAUAUGGAUGAUCCUUAUUCGAGUCAAUUACCGACAAGAUACGUAUCCAUAAAGGAUGAUGAAAUGACGCACAGAUUCAUCAAGAAGGGUAAUUUUGCGAUUAUCGGCAAAAUUGUAGGUUCGAUUUUUUUUCCUGAAGAUAACAUCUCCAACGAGGAUCUUAAAGGCUACAGAAUUAUGAAGCAAAUGAUAGGCAAUUAUUACUCGUCCUUUGCGGUCCAACCGUGGUUAUUACGACCUGUUGAUACGAUUAUUUCAUGGUUGAGAGAGUCAGGCAUUAUUUAUUUUCAUCUCGGUGAUGUUAUUCGCCGAAGAGCCAAUUUCAAUCUCCGCGAAGUUCUCAAGGAAUAUGAUAAUCUCGACAAAAGCGCCAGAGUCUUAGGAUUGACUCCUUUAGGCGCCGGCUUUACAGCACUUAUUGUAGGUUUCUUAGCAUCUACAAUAGUAUUUUUCUACGAAUUAAAGCAAGCUGCUGGUUCACGAUCGAUUCGUGAAGUUUUUCGAGAAAUACAAAAGAAACGAGAGGGAUACGAGUUGUCGGCAUAUAAAAGAAAGUGUCGAAAAGAAAUUGAAUUAAUGAAGUAUAGUUCAAGCAAUAAAAGUUUUGAUUUAUCUGUAAUUAAGUCUGCCGAAUAUAUUGUAAACACUGAAUCUCUGCAAAUAUCCAAAUAA